AUGACGGUGGGUGCGCGGCUGGGCGCCAAGGCGAGGGGCAGGUACUCCCGCCGCGGGCCCGGCGACGACCAGGUCUCUAUCCUGCCCGGCGAGGAGGAGGAGGAGGCGGCGGUGGCUGGGGGCAGCGCGGGGGCCCCGCUGGAGGAGGAGGAGGGCGCUGCCUCCAGGAAGGUGCGCUUCGCCCUCCUGCCCGACUGCUACGAGCCGCUGCGCCCGCCGCGGGCCGCCGGCAAGCGGCCCUACGGGAAACGGCUGAAGAAGUACGGGAAGAAUGUCGGCAAAGCUCUGCAGAAGGGAUGCCGCUACUUGGUGGUCGGUCUGCAAGGAUUAGCGGCGGCCUAUUCCGCUCCCUUUGGAGUGGCAGCGCAGGUGGCAUCCUUCGUCCGCUAGCGCAGUUCCACGCGCCCCACCAGGGAGGACGGGAGGCCAUUGCUGCUUUCUUAGGAUUAAAUCUGAGGCCCGCAUCUGAGAAACCUCUUGGACAAACAGUCCCAGCUCCCAGCCCCUUCCCCAGGACUGAGUGCUCUUCUCUGCAAAAACUUCCAGCGCUUUAUAAAAUCAGAUCGGGUUGAAGAAAUGCAAGGAUAAGGAAAUAAUCUUCGACUAAUUGAGCUGAAGUUUGUUCUCGGACAUGAGUUGGUUUUCUAGAGCUUUGUGCUGUGUGUGGAAGGGAGCCAAGGACGGAUGGAAAAGCAAGUAGAUGAGGGAGAGAGAAAUGAAGGAAAAUAGAGGACGGGAGGGCAGCUGGGGAUGUGGAGAUCUGAGUAUGGCUAGUGAGAGGAAUUGUCAAAGCAGUGGAGGAAACAGAUAACGAGGGAUCAGGAAAAGGUAGUCUUUGGUUUUCUGAGGUCUUCCUCCCCCGAGAGGGUUAAGAUUAUGAGUAUACUUAAAAAUAUACUUGGAUGUAAAUGGACUAUGGUCUGAGACACGGAGAGCUUUGCUGCAUCACGGUUGUUCAUUUCAAACACUGGACAUAAUGAGCCUUUAAAUCUUAAGACUGAUGUAAAAAUCCAGAAAGAAAAUGAGGUGUCUUUGUCUUCUGAUUUUGGGGCAUUAAAGGUUCACUGUGAUUAAUACUUUAAACUUUUCCUCUGCUGCUGUGAAAUCUGCAUAUAUUUUUUUACUGAGAACGGAGUUUAUAUCUGACAUACCUGAUUCUGGAAGCUGGGGCAUGAGAACACCCAGUUCUGUGGUGUUCACCAGGAAAAAAAAUGGAUUAGCAGCUGCAUCUGAAAAAAACCUACAUACAGCGUUUGGUAUAAGAAGGUACAACCGUUUUAUAUAAGAAUGGGGCCAAAUAACCUGCCAGCUACUUCAUUUCCGUAUGUGGAAGUUGUAGCUAGAGGAUGUCAACAUCAGAUGGCUCAGCUCAGUGGUGCGGAUGGAGCAGCUUCCGUGUCACACCUCCAGGGAUAUAAAUCCUGUACUGAUGACACAGGAAAAAGGGGGUUUAUGGGCCUUCAAAAUUCUGUGGGUUUUGGUUUUUUUUCUGUCAGUCUUUUGUGGUAGCAGUAAAUGAUUUCCCUGCUAGCACUUUCUCUGUAUUACAGAUCUUUCUAGUUUUGAUAGUAGUGUUGUAAUCAAGGAGUUGACUUAUCUGGAAAAAAAUGCUGUUCAUUUGCUUUCUUUGCCUUUUUUGAAUGAAGGGGUUUGCAUGUCUUAGCAAACCACACUAUUUCUUUUACAUGUACAAAUGAAAUAAAGGUGGAUUUUUUUUU